CGCCGGCCGUCGAACGCUUCGUAUGUGCUCGCGCGUUGAUUCUACACAGUGCCGCUCGCUCUCCGCUCUCAGUGCUCCUGCCUCUCUCGUCCGUCGUCGGUUCUGUCUGUUCCUCUUCGUCCGUGUGACCAGUGAGUGUGCCAUCAGCAUUGCCGCCGCCGCCGCCGCCGACGACGCUUCUCCAUCGUUUCCCACUCUUCGCACGCUGACUUAGUUAGUAACCCAGUGCUUCUGGAUGUAUAAUUAAUAUAAGUUGGUGCGUUGUACUUUGGCGAGUGAUAAACGAGUUUCACCAAAACAGUUCUUUGGCGGAAAAUGAAACUGGACCUGAUUUUACUGUUGAAUCUUAAGUUGAAAACCCGACUGUUCGAGUGUUGUGUUGAGUGUGCCAAUUUGGAAUAAAUAUACGUCAGUGGUUCGGUUUUCCUAAUCCCGUCUAGUGUAAGGAUAACAAAAUUAGCUACACGUAAAAAAUUAAAAGAAAUGAUUGGGUGUAUUGUUGACGGCGCUAGUCUGCCAACUGUUGUUCUAGUCAGUGCUGUUGUUCUCUAACUCACCUGUUUUAUGUUCUGUGAUAAUGUUGGAACAUAGUGCUAUGUAUCUGAAUGUGACGCCGCCAUAUGAAGACGACAAUACCUUCUUACCGGAUUUCUAUACACGGCUUGGUCCGUGUGAGCUGCAGGACCCGGUGUGGGCCAAGAUGAGUGCCUUGGCCGCCGGCGUCAACAAAAAACGUAAAAAGACCGAAACGAAGCCGCAAGCUCAGAUAAACAAAUGUAACAAUGAGAAGAGGCGGCGUGAACAAGAGAACAUCUACAUAGAAGAGCUGGCAGAACUGAUAUCCGCGAACAUCGCGGACAUGAGUUCUCUGUCGGUCAAGCCGGACAAGUGCGCAAUCCUCCAGGAGACCGUCAACCAGAUCAGAAGUAUAAAGCAACGGGAGUCGGCCGCCCAAUCGACCGAUCCCGUUCAACAGGGCGAAGUCAGCUCGUCGCGACCGAUUAUCAUCUCCAACGAGGUGUACGGACCGCUGCUGCUAGAGGCGUUGGAAGGCUUCCUCUUCGUGGUGAACGGCGAAGGCCGUGUCGAACACGUGACGGAGAACGUCAGUACGUACAUCAGGUUUACCAAAGAAGAUCUCGAGGGCAAGAGCAUCUACAACAUCAUCCACCAUGGGGACCAUGCAAGGUUCAGCUCCAGCCUACUGCCUAUGACCAUCGGCUGGAACAGCCCGCCCCCGACCAACAGAUCGCGCUCGUUCAACAUCCGUCUGCUCGUCAAGCCGCCCGACGAUCGAGAUGAAAGCGUCGAGGAGAAGCAGCAAAGAGUGAGCGCCUACGAGCUUAUGUACAUUUCAUCCACUCAAUUAAGAGACAACGUUUCGGUAACCGACGAGGACGGCAGUGAGAGUGGACCCUGUUUGUUGUGCGUGGCCUCGCGGAUUAGCCACCGCGAUAAGACCAACUGCUCCAUCGAACAGUUCACCACCAAGCUGGACACCACCGGUAAGAUCAUCUGUGUCGACACGUCGGGUGUUUCCCCGAACAUUUCGCAUUUCAUCAAGAAGGAGCUGAUGGACCGUGUGCUAAGGGAUCUCGUGUCGCCUCAGGAAGUGCAAAAGGUUACCGCCCACCUAAGGGAGACCGUCACCAACGGUCAGGCCACCAGUGCGGUCUAUCGGUUACAAAUUGCGUCGGACAAGUACGUGCAAGUACAGACCAAAUCGAAACUGUUUAAGACCCAAACGCCGGAUACCGAUUUUAUCAUGGCCACGCAUUCGAUCAUCGGUGAUAAUGAAGCAAUCGGUCCGACGGACCCGGGAGGCGGCAACACGAGCAGCGGCAGCGUAGGAGGUCCACUGAUGACGAGCGUCGUCAACGGCACCGCCCGCAACGGCGGCGUGCCCGUCAGCUCCGGCAGCGACAGCUCCACCACCUCCAACAACAUGCUGAACUCGAACACGACCUUCUCGUUCAUCGAGAACGACUUCAACUUCGAACUGUGUCCCUCGUCCACGUGGGACUGUCUGGACGGCAACACCUGGACGACCGAGACGCGUCCGGACUCGCGCCAAAGUGUGACACCCGUUUCGACGCCCACACCGAGGCCACCGAGCAACCCGUCGUACAGUCCGGCGGCCACCACCGUGGCCCAGAGCCCCCUUACUCAGUUCAUCACCCAGCAAAGCCCCUCGGUCCCCAAUCCAGCCACACCCGCAUCCUACAACGCAUCCUUUUUCAGUCCGCUGACGGAGCAGUCGUUCGCGGCCGAGGAACCCAAAGAUACCAAAGCUAAUGUGUUAGAGGAAGCCAGCAUGAUGGUGGAAUCAGGUAGGUUAAGGAACUUGCUCACCCAGCCGCCCUCCAAUAUGGAAUCGGCUGCCGAUUCGGACAACAACCGAAAUCGGGACAGGAUAUUGAAGGAGCUGCUCAAACAGGAUGACGAUGAUGGGGCGAGAAACGAUAACAGGACCAGCCCCAGGGGCCAUCACAUGUCUAGGCCGAUGCAGAGCAACAUGGAACAACAGAAAACCUCCUCGUCGACCAACGGCAACAACAUGCUCCGACAACUCUUGAACGAUAAAAAUGACGAUGAUGAUCUCGAGGCUAAAGCAGGCGUUAAGAAAAAGAGCGAGCUGCUUCAGCAACUACUCAAAACUGAACGGGAUGUAGACGACGACAAAAAUGCGUCCCAGGACGAUAAUCUUCUACAAAGUUUGGGAUUCAGCAGUAGAGGCAAGAAACGGCCCAGCGACGAUAGAGAAGACAAUCCCAACAAACGGAAUCCCGAUGGAACGCAGGUGUCAUCUUCAGGGCAAACAACCAGCAAACUGUGGGAAAGCAACAAGAUGCUGGCGCAACUCUUGGCCCAACAACCCAAGAACCACCAACCUAUCCCGCCGAUCCCGGCCAGCGAGAUUACGGCUACGCCGCAGGACAAACUGCCCAGGAUCACGGAUCAGAACGCGAUGAACAAGAGCCUGCAGAUGAACAUGAUGAACCAGCAGAACAUAAUGAACAAUUCGAGAAUGGCUGCCGCUAGGAUGCCGAACAGGGCGCCACCAACCACAAACUACCUCAGCAAUCAGCUACAGGCCCCCGUAAAUAUACAACGAACGGAAAACAGGCAAAUCAACCAGGUGACAUCCGGUUGUUUCACAUCGCCGGCAACUUCCAGCACUGAUAACAACAACACGUGGGACAACAACAACGUGCAGAGUGCCGAUCCCGAAUUGUCGGUAAUUUUGGAUCAAGUGAUCGACAAUAUACCGGACGAGUUCAUGCAGAUCCUGGAUACGGCAGAUGGUGCACCCACCAAUAGUGUGCACCAAACUCUCAGUGAGACUAUGGCCAUUAAUAUGAUCCAAAGGAAUCUGAUGCAGUGCGAGAGUGUAGUCAAGAGUCCCGUUUCACCCACUAUUUCACUGCCAAAUACACCACCCGCCUACACCGCAAGCCUGAAUAAUCAGUCUGGUUUUUCCGCACCCCCUCAAUACGCUCAAAUCAAGCGACAGAUCCGACCUGGUGCCACAGUCUACCCCACCAACAACAACCUCACGCCGCAGCAAAUUAUGCUGCAGCAAAAGAAUAAACUGCAGCAGGAGCAGCACAAGCGUCGCCUCCUUCAGGCGCAGAAGCAACAACAUCUCCUGAUACCGUCCAACGCCACCUCCGCUGAUUUGAACUCCAUUCAAAACAUCGACAACCUGCUCAACAACACCGUGGCCCCCAACGUUUCCUUGCAGAGGUCCUCAAGUGUGCCCGAAUCGCAGCUGUCACCCAACUAUCAACAGCAGAUGGGCCAGAACCAGAGGAUAUCCAACCAACAGCCCUACUCACCUCAUUCUCAGUUGACGUCGCCCAUCGGCCAGCAGUCUGGCUUUCCCCAAACCACUGUAGGAAAUUAUCCUCAACCGGGUGCUAGGCUGUCACCUCAGUCGCAGUUCAACCAGCAGUUGUCGCCCCGGCAGGCCUAUCCCCAAAAUCCCAAUUGGCAGCAGCAGCAGCGGAUCAGCGUCCAGCAAAAUCCAAUGCUCAAUCAGCAAUUGGCGGGGAACUUUCUAACAGGCGGCCGAAAUUUUCAGAGGGCGCCGGUGCAGAGAGGCGGCGGCGCAGGCGGCGGCGGCAUGAGCAGCCCGGGUGGCGCUCAAGUGUCCGCCCGCCAUUCGCCAUAUCCGCCGGAUCAAUUUCAGGCGCCCGUUUCGCCGGGAUCCGCCUAUCAGCAGCAGCAGCAGAACCAGUACCUGAGGCUACAGCGGGCUAAUAGCGCGCCCACCGCCACCACACAACUGCCAGGUGGUCUGGGAUCCCCCCGGCCCUACCCAGGCAGGGAUCACCAUCCCCUUCCCUAUUCACAAAUCCCUCCACCUCAACACAACACCCAUCACCCCAUGAUGUAUCAACAAGAAACCCCGCAGUACUGUUACGAUCAGUCCGGUUUACAAUUACCAUACAAUGGUGCAGAUAGGGGACGUGCUCCCCCCCACCUUCAGCCUGGUGUCACUGGAGGAGGCGGAGGCGCACCGACCUCGGAAUUCGUUCGCCAGGAACUAAGGGCCGUGGUGGGCGCGAGGACGGCGCAGGCGCAGCCGAGCGGUGCCGCCCCCAGGCAGCCGCAGCAGCAACAGCAGGGUAUGUUGCAGCAACAGGUGACGCCGGAUCUGGAUGGUUUGGCACUGGGGUUCGACAUGGCCACCGGUGCGAGUGAUAACCCGAAACUUUGGGGUGCAAUGGGGUCAGAUAUGGGCUCAAUGUCUCCGCAGCCAGCAACCUCCAGGACUACUAUGGAGGAGGCGGUGCGACAAGGUGAUCACAAGUCGUCGCUGUUGCAAAAGUUGCUGUCCGAGUGACCCAAGUCGCCCACCAACGGGGGAUUGCGUCAGCGCGUUGUAAAUAAUAGAGAUAUAUACUACUAGGUACCUCAUCGGUUGGACCCGGGUUCCGACCAACCGCCAGGCUGUAACUCUAGACAGGUUAGCUGCAUCCAAGUGCAUUACUACGUUGCUUGUUUCGUUAAAAGGUAGUGCGAAGCAUUGGGGGGGAAGAAAGCAUGGGCCCGAGUGCAAUUGUAAAUAGACAUUGUUUAUAUUUAUACAUAUAUAUUAUAUAUUUUAUUAUUGGACUUGUUUAAAUUUAUCGGGUUGCUGCAGGUCACCUUUUUCCCUUUGUAACUGCGCGUAAUGCAGGUGGCACACCAAACUACUUUGGUGAAGAUCAACAUCUACCGACAGAGUUUCUGCACGAAUUGUUGAAAAUCUACCUAUUGUGAAUACGAUUGUUAACCUGAAACGUAGUUUUUAUAAACAUUUACAGAUUUUGCUGUUGAUCUCCGUAAUUUUUUCCUAGUAAUUGGUUUGUAAUAAAUCAAAGACACAGUGUUGAAGUUCUCUGUGAGGUACACGUCGAUAGUUACCAAGUUUUUUUGUUAUUUUAAAAAAUGUGUAUAGUUGUAUUUAGUUAAUGUUAACACUGCCACUGCUUUAUACGAAAAAGUGAUUUAGCUAGAGAGCACUAUGCCCAGUUACAUAAAAGAACGUUCCCUAAAGCAAUCGGCCUCCCUCACUCAUUGGGAGGUUUUAUUAUUUGAAUGUGUUUAGUGUUGUCUUCCUUUUUGUGAGUGUUCAAGCUACGCAUUACCAAAAAAUAGUAACUGUUAAUAUUUUAUACAUAAUUUAAAGUACGUUAUUUGAGAUGAUGUCGUUUUUAAGUUGGACUUUGUGAUAGGCAAUAAGCGCCAUGUUAUAACUGUUGCUAGGACUUACCUCCUAGACCAUAUUUGAAUUAUUAUACGAUACUAGCAUUCAUACUUCAUGAUUCUAUUGUCAAUUACACCCCAAGCCACUAAAUUAAUGAUGAACAAAUUGACAGACAAAACAUAAUUUAAUGACACAGAUAUUUUUUGUACAUUAUUGGAGUUUUGAAAUAUAUCUAUAUAUUAAAAUAAAACUAUAAUUUCUA